AUUGGCUCGCAUAACGGUACGUCAGUGACGUCAGUGGCAUCCCAUUGGCUAUAUUAGGAGACAUCACGUUGACGGUCUAGUGUCAGAGCCUCACUUUAACAACACGUUGGUUCUCUGGAAGCUGAAGCUGUCAUCAUGGAGCACAUCAUGAACGGGUGGUUCACGGAGCUGUGCCCGCUGUGGCCGGGCCAGGCGAUGAGCCUCCAGGUGGAUGAGAUCCUCUACCAGAAGAAGUCCAAGUUCCAGGACAUUCUGGUGUUCAAGAGUAAAACCUACGGGAACGUCCUGGUGCUGGAUGGAUUGAUCCAGGUCACAGAGAGGGAUGAGUUUUCCUAUCAGGAGAUGAUUGCCAACCUUCCUCUGUACAGUCACCCUUGCCCCAAGAAGGUGCUGAUUAUUGGAGGUGGAGAUGGCGGAGUGCUGAGGGAAGUGGUGAAGCAUCCUCUGGUGGAGUCGGUGGUUCAGUGUGAGAUAGAUGAGGAGGUCAUUAAUGCGUCGAAGAAGUUCCUCCCGGGGAUGGCCACAGCGUUUUACAACCCCAAGGCCAACCUCCAUGUUGGAGACGGCUUUGAGUUCAUGAAGAAGAACCAGGAUGCCUUCGACGUCAUUAUAACCGAUUCCUCAGACCCCGUCGGGCCUGCUGAGAGUUUGUUCAAGGAGUCUUACUAUCAACUGAUGAAGAUGGCGUUGAGGAAGGGUGGAAUCAUUUGUUCCCAGGGAGAGUGUCAAUGGCUCCAUUUGGAGUUGAUAAAGGAGAUGCAAACCUUCUGCAAGACCUUAUUCCCCGUGGUGGACUACGCCUACUGCACCAUCCCAACGUAUCCCAGUGGCCAAAUUGGAUUCAUGCUCUGCAGUAGAAAUCCUGAAACAAAUUUCAAGGAACCGGCGAGAGCGCUGUCGAAAGAAGACUCGGAAAGUAUGACCCUUAAAUAUUACAACACUGAAAUUCACAGAGCAUCAUUCGUCCUGCCCGAGUUCGCCAAAAAGUAUCUUUCCCAACCGUCGGCAGGUACUCCGUGAAGCAUGACCAGCAUCAACAGAGCACCAUGUUCAUCCUCUACCUGGCCCCUCAGAUCACCGAUAAACCACCUCGUUCUCUGGCUCCUUCACCUCCUCAACACAGUUCAGCACCACUGAAGAGAGCUGCCUCCUAAACAGUUUACGGGGGCGCCUAAUAUUCAGUCUUGCUGAGUUAUAUACAACGAGUUAAUGUUUCGUUCCUUCCAGUCUUACAUGCUCUCUGUGUUUUUUUUAUUUUACGGAUGUAUUUGUUUUCUUCAUUUUUACUCUGUAACCGUCUCAUCGGUAUUCUUGUGAAGAGCGAUUUAACGGGCUGGGCCGAGUGGGAAGAGCAUUUACCGUCGAAACCGGACCUCACUCUGAAACUGUGUACUGUCUAUCGGAUUCAUUGUCAUAUACGCAUUAUGUAGUGCAUUACAUACCACACAGAGUAAAUGUAAUGUAUACUUUUAUUUGUAAUGUUUAAUAUCAGUUUGUGCUCAUAUAGGAUAAAACGCACGGUUGCCAUCUGUCAUGACUGUAUAUUCAGAUUACUGAUGUGUCCUCUUACACAUGAACCCUAUAGUGCCUGAAAUUGGUUGAACUUGUUCUGUAUCUAUCAAAGUGUACCAGGCACACGCGCAUAGUGGCCUCAAAGAAAGCUCAAGUGUUAAUAGUUGAGAAAAGUGUCCCUUUAAAAAGAACUUCAGAUGAAAUAAAUUUGCUCAGCUUUGACCAUCAAUUUGAUAUAAAAGUCUUUAUGAAGUUUAAAUGCAAAAAUUAAGCUAAAAAAUUCAACAGGGCAUUGGAGCUUUGCAUCGCGAGAAAUGUCUUUUUAAUAUGUUACUUAUGCAAUUAUUAACUUGCAGUAUUGACUAGCGGUAGUUGGCUUGUACUGUUGUAAGCCUGUUUGCUGAGUCAUUUACACGGUCAGUUACCUAUUAUUAGCUGUAUGUCCACAUUGAAUCUGUCGAUGAAUAGUGUCACAUCACCUGAGCAAUGAAUUUGUGGUUUUUAUAAGAGCUGUAAUAAAUUGGUAACAUGAAAAUGGU